GGCUGCAGAGUUCUGAAGCGCGCCGCCGCCUUCAUAGCGGCGGCGCGCGCCCGAGGGGAGGGAGAAGGAGAGGAGGAGUUGGGGGGGUCACGGCUGCUGUUGCUGCCGCCGCCGCCGCCGGGGCAGGAAGAUGGUGGCGAGCGCGCGGGUGCAGAAGCUGGUUCGGCGCUACAAGCUGGCUAUAGCCACGGCGCUGGCCAUUCUGCUGCUUCAGGGCCUGGUGGUGUGGAGCUUCAGCGGCCUGGAGGAGGAGGAGCCCGGGGAGAAGGGACGACAGAGGAAGCCAAGACCACCGGAUCCAGGUGAAGGCUCUAAAGACAGAGAUAGCUCUGCUGGGCGACGGGGGAAUGCUGGCCGGAGGCAUGGGCGCUGGAAGGGCCGAGUGGAUAGCCCUGGGGUGUUGGUGGCCAAGGUGGUGAGAGCUGUGACGGGCAAGCACAGAGUUAGCCGCCGGGUACCCCCUGCCCUACCCAGAGAGCCCCUCAGCCGACAGAACCUGAGUACUGGGGGUGGGGGAGAGGUGCUACCUGGGGCAGGUGUGGGUGGCGCCUUCCAACAAGGUGACACGGGCAGCGUGGAGGGCGCUCCCCAGCCCACGGAGAAUGGCUUCACCCCCAAGUGUGAGAUCACAGGCAAGGAUGCCCUGUCUGCCUUGGCCCGGGCCAGCACCAAGCAAUGUCAGCAGGAGAUCGCCAACGUGGUGUGUCUGCACCAAGCAGGGAGUCUCAUGCCUAAGGUCGUGCCCCGACACUGCCAGCUGUCUGGAAAGGUGAGCCCCAUGAUUCAGUGGGAUGAGAGCCGAGUGCAGUUACCCCCGGGUAGGCCCUCAGUUCGAAUCGCUUACAUGCUGGUGGUUCACGGUCGUGCCAUUCGACAACUCAAGCGGCUGCUCAAGGCUGUUUACCACGAGCGACACUUUUUCUACAUCCACGUAGACAAGCGCUCUAACUACCUGCACCGGGAGGUGGUCGCUCUAGCCCAGCACUAUGCCAAUGUGAGGGUGACCCCUUGGCGCAUGGGCACCAUCUGGGGUGGUGCCAGUCUCCUGAAGAUGUAUCUGCGCAGCAUGCAGGACCUACUGGAGGCACCUGGCUGGACCUGGGACUUCUUUAUCAACCUUAGUGCCACUGACUACCCUACCAGGACCAAUGAUGAGCUGGUGACAUUCCUGUCCAAAUACCACGAUAAGAAUUUCCUCAAGUCUCAUGGCCGGGACAACUCAAGGUUCAUCAAGAAGCAAGGUCUAGACCGGCUCUUUCAUGAGUGCGACUCCCACAUGUGGCGCCUGGGGGAACGACAGAUCCCAGAGGGCAUCGUCGUAGAUGGCGGCUCUGACUGGUUUGCCCUGACCCGCAGUUUUGUGGAGUAUGUGGUCUAUACAGAUGACCCUCUGGUGGCUCAGCUGCGCCAGUUCUAUACCUACACGCUUUUACCAGCCGAGUCCUUCUUCCAUACUGUGCUAGAGAACAGCCCCACCUGCAACACCCUCGUAGACAACAACUUGCGUGUCACCAACUGGAACCGCAAAUUGGGCUGCAAAUGUCAGUACAAGCACAUCGUGGACUGGUGUGGCUGCUCCCCCAAUGACUUCAAGCCCCAGGACUUCCUUCGGCUCCAGCAACUCUCCAGACCUACCUUCUUUGCCCGAAAAUUUGAGUCAACUGUGAAUCAGGAAGUGCUGGAAAUCUUGGACUCUCACCUCUACGGUAGUUACCCUCCCAACACCCCAGCCCUCAAAGCUUACUGGGAAAAUGCCCACGACAUCGCCGAUGGCCUGGGUGGACUCAGCGAUGUCAUCCUCACGGCCUACACUGCUUUCUCCCGCCUCGGUCUGCACCAUGCCGCCGCCAUGGCAUCCCCUCCAACUAACCAGCUCUGCAGGUUUGAGCCCAAGGGCUUCCCAUCCAGUGUCCACCUGUAUUUCUAUGAUGACCGUUUCCAGGGCUAUUUGUUGACCCAGACAGUUCAGCCUGUGGCCUCUGGGCCUGAAGAGGCGCUGGAGAUGUGGCUGAUGCCUCGGGGGGCCCUGAAGCUGACAGAACACAAUGGUCAGGCCAACCGGCUGCAGAACCUGGAGGUGGGCACAGAAUGGGACCCCAAGGAGCGUCUUUUCCGGAACUUUGGGGGAUUGUUGGGGCCCUUGGAUGAGCCAGUGGCCAUGCAGCGUUGGGCCCGUGGCCCCAACCUCACAGCCACUGUAGUUUGGAUUGAUCCCACCUUUGUGGUGGCCACCUCAUAUGACAUCACAGUGGACUCUGAAGCCGAGGUCACUCAAUAUAAGCCUCCUCUGAGCCGGCCCCUGCGGCCUGGUGCCUGGACCGUCCGCCUGCUGCAGUUCUGGGAACCACUGGGGGAAACCCGUUUCUUGGUGUUGCCCUUGACUUUCAACCGCAAACUACCUCUCAGGAAAGAUGAUGGGAGCUGGCUGCAUGCCGGGCCCCCCCACAACGAGUACAUGGAGCAGAGUUUCCAGGGUCUGAGUGGAAUCUUGAACCUUCCCCGGCCAGAGCAGGCAGAAGAGGCUUCCAGGAGGCAUGCAGAAUUGACUGGCCCUGCCCUUGAGGACUGGACAGAUAGCACCUUGGGCAGCUUCUGGUCAGUGGCAGGGCUGUGUGCCAUAGGCCCCUCCAUCUGUCCCAGCCUGGAGCCCUGCAGCCAGACCAGCUGGAGUUCUCUCUCUCCUGACCCCAAGUCAGAGCUUGGUCCUAUCAAAGCUGAUGGCCGGCUGAGGUAGCGGGACCACAGUGGGAGCCUGGGGAAAACCCCAGAGUGUUGCACCUUAGAAACUCAGUAGAGGAAGAGAUGAUUGAGGGACUGUCCUCUCCCAUGGGUGAGAAGUUGGGGUCUGGCCCACUGUCCCAUCCCUCUCCUGCCUCGGCUGGAGUGAGCCCCAGGACCGAGUGGCAGGUGGACACCAACAGGCUACUUCUCAUACAGUUCUGAGCUGGAGGCUGGAGAAAAAUGCAGAAAACCAGAGUUCCUUCGGCUCCAGAGCCAACACUGUUCCUGCGCCCUCUUCAAUUUCUCUAGGUUGUACUUUCUGGUUUUAAGAUGACUCGUGCAGAGGGCAUAAGGAUAGGAAAAGGAGAGAGGAAUAAUGUGCAAUAAAGUUUCCAGCAGCCCUGGGGAGAUGCAGUUCCCCCAGGACUUGCAGAACAAGGGAACAACCAAGCACUUCAAGGGGAUGCCCAAGUCAGCCAGGGGCCCCUGACUGUGCCCUAGAAGCCUGGGACAUUAGAACUGAGGGCUCUAAAAAAAAAAGAGAGAAGAGCUACAAGGUUAACUGGAUAGAAUAAUUUAUGGAAUUGGGCACUGAUCAGACCAGGAGGCCAGAGAGGAGGAGGGAGAAGAAGUUCAGGGGUUUAGGGCUUCUGGGUCUCAGUCUUCUCUUUCCCCUUUAUGUGAAAUGGGUGCUGCCUCUGAGACACCUAGGGGGCUGACAGAUCAGACCCUGCAAAGCAAAGAGCUUGAGGGGUCCUGGCCACAGAGUGGUCCCUGGGACUCGAGAUCAGGGAGAAGUGCCCUCUUGGUUGCUCUGGAGGAGCCAGGGCAGCAGUGGUCCUGGAGUGCCGUGUAAAUCUGAAAUAUGCAACGGCAGAAAUAUAUCUCUUACAUCUCUAA